UUGGAAAGAAAAUACAUAAAACCACACCAAAGCCCUAAUGGAGACUUCUAGACGCUUUGCCUGCUUAAUUAUACAAGAUCCAGAGUCUAGUUAAUCUUCGCCUAGGGUGUGUAGUAUAUGCUGUUUUCUGUGCUUAUAGAGGAGUAGCUGAUUUCAUAUUGAAAUCUUUUAUUUCUCUGCAGUAUUAUUGCUGUAUAUCAUAAUGUAUAGAGCAGCUGCUGCACUCGCUUCAAAAGUUGGAAGGAGGAGUAACUACAGACAGGGUGCCAGCGGGCUCAGCUGGAGCAGAAAUUAUGCUGCAAAAGAGAUUAAAUUUGGGGUUGAAGCCCGGUCUACAAUGUUGCAGGGAGUGGAACUUCUUGCAGAUGCUGUGAAAGUGACCAUGGGACCUAAGGGCCGAACUGUGGUUAUUGAACAAAGCUAUGGAGCUCCAAAGGUUACAAAGGAUGGAGUUACUGUGGCAAAAAGUAUUGAGUUCAGUGACAAAUUAAAGAAUGUUGGUGCAAGCCUCGUGAAGCAAGUUGCAAGUGCAACAAACGAUGCUGCAGGAGAUGGUACAACAUGUGCUACCAUUCUUACUCGAGCAAUAUUCGCAGAGGGUUGUAAGUCAGUUGCAGCUGGUAUGAAUGCAAUGGACUUGAGACGCGGUAUCAGCAUGGCCGUUGACGCUGUUGUGACACACUUGAGAAGCAGAGCAAGGAUGAUUAGCACAUCUGAGGAAAUUGCACAGGUUGGUACCAUCUCAUCAAAUGGGGAAAGAGAAAUUGGCGAAUUAAUUGCGAAAGCAAUGGAAAAAGUUGGCAAGGAAGGAGUCAUAACUAUAGCGGAUGGGAAGACACUGUACAAUGAAUUAGAGGUUGUUGAAGGAAUGAAGCUGGACAGGGGUUAUAUAUCUCCAUAUUUUACCACAAAUGAGAAGACCCAGAAAUGUGAACUGGAGAACCCUUUGAUUUUAAUACAUGAAAAAAAAAUAUCAAGCUUAAAUGCGGUUGUCCGUGUAAUGGAACUAGCAUUGAAGAAGCAAAGAUCACUUUUGAUUGUGUCCGAGGAUGUGGAGAGUGAAGCAUUAGCAACUCUAAUUCUAAAUAAGAUUCGUGCUGGAGUAAAGGUUUGUGCUAUUAAAGCUCCUGGCUUUGGAGAAAACAGGAAAGCAAACUUGCAGGACCUUGCCACACUUACUGGUGGCCAAAUGAUUACAGAAGAACUUGGUAUGAAGCUUGAAAAGGUUGAAUAUGAAAUUUUUGGUACAGCAAAGAAGGUAACUGUAUCCAAGGAUGAUACAAUAAUUCUUGAUGGAGGUGGUGACAAAAAGAGCAUAGAGGAAAGAUGUGAACAGAUUCGGGCUGCUAUUGAAACAAGCACAUCAGAUUAUGACAAAGAGAAAUAUCAGGAGAGGUUGGCGAAAUUGUCGGGAGGAGUUGCUGUUCUUAAGAUUGGUGGAGCCAGUGAGGCAGAAGUUGGGGAGAAAAAAGAUAGAGUUACAGAUGCUUUAAAUGCCACUAAGGCAGCGGUGGAAGAGGGUAUUCUGCCAGGUGGUGGUGUUGCUCUUCUCUAUGCAUCAAAGGAGCUAGAUAAACUUCAAACUGCUAAUUUUGACCAGAAGAUUGGAGUGCAGAUAAUUCAGAAUGCUGUAAAGACUUGUGCAUAUACUAUUGCAGCAAAUGCUGGUGUAGAGGGUGCCGUAGUGGUAGGGAAGUUACUGGAACAAGAUAAUAUGGAUCUUGGUUAUGACGCUGCCAAAGGUGAAUAUGUUGACAUGGUUAAGGCAGGAAUUAUUGAUCCCUUGAAAGUAAUUAGAACUGCAUUGGUUGACGCUGCAAGUGUCUCCUCACUGUUGACGACGACAGAGGCAGUUGUUGUUGAAAUCCCUAAGGACGAGAAAGAUGUUCCAGCUAUGGGUGGUGGUGGCAUGGGUGGUAUGGACUAUUAAUAAGAUAGUUUGUGCACAGUGCCUCCAACAUACUGUGCUGGAAACUACAGUUAGAUUUACUGCUCUAACAUACUCUCCUGGAAACUAGGGUUAGAUUCACUGUAGGUUAUAUAGGUCUGUUGCAGCUUUUUAACCUUUUUAUUUAUACCUAGAGCAUUAUUAUCCCCUCAUUGGGAAUUGAUUGAAAAGAUUGUGAGUGAGUGCCCUGCAGCUGCUCCAUUGCAACUUUCUGCAGAGAAAGAAAUGUAAUCAAAGAGGAAAAUUUUGUUAAUUUAUCCGAAGAUAUGCAGUGCAAUGUUUGUUUGGUUCUUAUUA